CAAACUUGUGUUAUUCCAGGAAUGUUUUCUAUUGGCCAUCAUGCUAAGUUGCUAGGAAACAAUGAUGCGCAACAGCUCAGUCAAUCGAGCACGUUGACAAUUCAGCCUUUAAUCACACACGGCAAUAAAUCAUGUCCUGCUCAGUUUUCCUGGAUAACAAGGCCAAGCCGAAGUCCAUAAGCCGAGCGAAGCAGUGGACAGGUGAGGUGGAGGACCUGUACAGAUUUCAGCAGGCUGGAUACAGAGAUGAGCUCGAGUACCGACAAAUCAAACAAGUCGAGAUUGACCGUUGGCCAGAGACUGGGUUUGUGAAGAAGCUCCAGCGUCGAGAUAAUACCUUCUACUACUACAACAGAAAGCGGGAGUGUGAAGACCGAGAGGUCCAUAAAGUGAAGGUGUAUGCGUACUGACAGCUCCCCGACCCAACCAGCGCUUAUGCCAUUUUCAUUUUUUAUUUCCCAUUUUGAAAUGUUGUCUUUAGAAAACUCAUGGUCAGAGAUGUCUUGCUGUUUUCCUUAUGUAAGUUUCUGAAUAAUAAAAAAAAUAUCUUAAUAAACUUUUUCAUGUGAACAAA